AUGAAAAUCGAGCCAGAAGAUGACUACUCUUACGAGGAGAAGGAAGAGGAACGGAGAAAGAAAAACUUGGAAGAUCUUCGAGCUUGUCAAUUGAAUAUGAAGAGAGUAGGCGGAGUUACUGACCGCCAUUUGCUGGAUCUGACAAAAGAAAAGACGUCCAGAGUCCAAAAUCAAGCAUACUUGGAAAUGAUGUCCCAAAGAGAAGGAUAUGGUCGAGAUCAAGGGACUAGUCAUGAAGCUCCAGACGUUCCGUUCGGCAAUGCUCCAUUGUCUCGUUCUUCGUUUCCCGUUGUUGCAACACACUCCGGACCAAUCAUGUCGUCAGACACUAGAACACGUAGCAGAAUCAAAGUCGAAAUAAAACAAGAAAUCGACGAUAUUCAAGAUUAUUUGGUCUCGAGUACAACUCAGACCCCAAAGCCAAAGGCUCAGAAGUCCAAAGCAACAGCUCCAAAGGCAACACCAAAAAAUCAAAAAAAAAAGAAAAAAAAAGAAGCCGAGGAGGAGGAUGCCUACAGACCUCCUCAUGCAUGGAAGAACAACACCCGGUAUUUAUACUUUGCUCCAGCUCCGGCGAGAAGAUCUGCGAGAUUGAUAAAAAAGGAGGAGGAUGCGAUACAGAAGAAACUCCAAGGAAUGAAGAAGGAAAUUGUUGCCCAAGAUUUAUAUCCAAAUUUGGAUGUCAUCCCGUCUCCACCUGAUUUCAUCCCAUCUCCGCAAUCAAAUGAACUACAUGAGGAUCUUGCUUCUGCAGCUAUCAAUAAACAGAUUGACAUGUUUGUUGCGACUGGAGAGGCAAUGGAUCCGGAGGAUUUGAAUGAGAUUUUCGCUGGUUCGAUGUCAGUGAGCACUACAGAUCAUUCAAAACCUCAAUCAAAACGGGAAGAACACAAAAACCGGGAUUUCAAUCCCGCUACCCAGCAAAAUACUCUCCCACAGGAUAAUCGCUCCGAAGGCGACCAGCAAGAUCAGAUCAUGUCGACCUCAUCGAAACGCCGAAACACCAACAAUUCCCGAUGUGCGAGCUUACUCCAGGCAGAUCCUUCGACUUCGGCGGCAGCAAACACCGAAGAUCUGGACUCAGACGACGACGAGAUGUCGUCGGCCGGUGAUCCGUCGGAGCAGGCGAAGCGACCGCGGACGCCUAGAGGUCGUUAUUCUCCAGACGCUUCUCAGAAGAGAGCUCAUUCAAGAAUGAGUGCGUUGAGCAUAGAAACAAGCCGAAACACCGACCUAAAUGCUGAUGGAUCCGGUCCGAGCAGUAGUAGUGCUCUUUCCUGUGCACUGUCAACACCCGACCCAGAUCGACUGUCUUCGCAUAAAAGGAGAAAUGCUCCACCAUCAUCUGCUCGCUCAAGGAAACGACGAAGUCCAUCGGUACCGAUGUCACAGGAGGAACAGUCUGAGCUCGAUUCAGAUGACGAGCAAGAUCAAUCAGAGAUGGAAAGUCUGGCUAUAGUGACAGAUGAUCCAACUUAUAAGAUCACUCCUGAACACAAAUCGCGGUUUAAAGAAAUCAAAAAUAAUGUUUCAUUAGAUUACGAGUUUAAUAAAGGAGAGCUAGCUGAGCUAUACCGAUCGACGAAAGCUGAACAAGCACGACUCCCCGAGCAGAUUCAAUUCGGAAACGUCAUAAUGAAGACGUGGUACGGCUCGCCGUUCCCUGCCGAGUUUAUAAAUGUGAAGCUGUUGUACAUCUGCGAAUUCUGCUUUUUCUUCGCCCGAUCCGAUCAAAUCAUGCAGAAUCAUGCGAAAAAGUGCACAUUUCGAGCACCACCCGGAGUGGAAAUCUAUAGAAAAGAGGAUAUUUCCGUGUUUGAAGUCGAUGGACGCAUUCAAAAAGCCUACUGCCAAACGUUGUGUCUGAUUUCCCGGAUGUUUCUAGAGAGCAAAACAGUGUUCUACGAUACUGAACCCUUCUUCUUCUACAUUGUCACAAUCAACGACGAAGUCGGAUGCCGAUUCGCCGGCUACUUCAGCAAAGAAAAAUACGAGCCGGAUGUAAAUAAUUUGUCAUGUAUCAUGACACUUCCUAGGUAUCAAGAAAAAGGACUCGGGCGAUUUCUGAUAGAUGUGAGCUACGCGUUGUCACGGAAAGAAGGCUGGAAUGGAGGACCCGAGCAACCGCUGUCAGAUCUUGGAAAGAAGGCGUACGGUGGAUACUGGAAAACGGCGAUUGCUUGUUCGCUGGUGAAGUUCAAGGACGACAUUGAGUUCGGUGAUGGAAUCAGUUGUGGAGGUGGGAUUUUCAUUUAUUUUGAAAGCUUAAAAUUCAAAAUUCUUUCAGAUAUCGCAAAUGACACUGGUAUUCAUCCUCAUGACGUUAUGCUAGUUGUGUGUGGGAUGCAAUGGGGGAAGUUAAUGACUCCAGAAGGCAGUAAAGUCAGUUUCAUCGAAUGGAAUAUCGACUGGAAAGAUGUUCAUGCCAUUGAUGAGAUGAAGAAGAAGGGACAUGCAAUGAAGAUACAAUUUGAUGAAGACUACCUGGAUUGGGUUCCACGAAAAAUGCACCCAUCGAUGGAUGGAUUCCACGAGUUGUCCAAAGAGGAAAUAGCAGAGGACGAAGAGAGACGGAAGAGUCUUCAGAAGACACCAACAGUUGAUGAUUCAAUGGACACAGCGACGCCAACCAGCCUCUGCAUGCCGACAAGCUCCGUUAAGAAAGAACUGAGAAGCCGAGGACACAAUCGAAACACGAUCGGAAGAAAUCUUCAGCUCGAGUUGAGGAACAACAUCAAAGUUCCAGAAGGGAAAGAAGUCACCGACGAUGAGACGAAAGAGGAUUGCAUGAGAAAGAAGAAGAAAAAGAGUUUCUCGCGGUGUGAAGACAAUGCCUCUGCCAUAGAAAAACGUCGUGAUGACUCCCCAGACGAGGAUGAGCAACCUGGACCUUCUUCCAAGCCAGUUGCGAGACGUCAUCGAGGCAUUAGAGAUUUUCUAGAGCCAGCUCCCUCGACUUCUGAACGUAAAAGCGGUUCCUCAUCAGGAGGGCAUCGCAAACGAACUGGAGAUGUCAAAAUUGAUGACUCCGAAGAUCCGACCGACGACCCAGUAUCUUCUGAUGACGACGAUGACCGACCGUUUGGUGCAGUGGUGGCAAGCCAGAAAUUGAAAAAUGGAAUGGCUCGAAUGGCAAAGAAGGUGUCGAAGAAAAAGAAGUCAGUUUCUGGAAAGAAGUUUCCUCCGAAUUUCGGAGCUCGGCAGGAGAAGAAGGAACCUUCAGACAAGCCAGAGAUUCCUGGCCCGUCCGAAGGAGAAGACGUUUUGAUGGAGCAAGGCAAAGAAAAACAAGAGAAAGUGAAGAAGUCGGAAGAUGAAACCACGAAAGAUUUGAAUGGAGAGAAAUUAGAAGAUGUUGGAAUGGCAACGGCUAGUGAAGCAGAGGAGUUGCAUGAUGAUUUUCAUUUGAAUCAUAUGGAGGAGGAAUUGCCAAAAAACUACGACAUUGGAACACCCGAAUCCUACCACUCCACAGUUUCAAGUCGUGCCAACACGCCGCAACCUCAAAUAAUGACCCAACAAGUUCACUUCAGUGUAGACGAGAGUCAAUUUGAAGAUAACGAUGCUGCACCACCUCUUCUGGUUUCUGAAGUCAACAACUUGUCGGUUUCGGAAUCCGCAGAACCACUCGACGAUGGACCAUCCGACGCUCCGCCACUUGUUCAGAGCUCUUCGAUUCCCGGAGGAUACUCAUCGGAAGACGAUGAUGCUCCACCAAGACUCUCCCCUCAAUAUGGAAAGACGGAUGAAGAAGAAAUGAUUCCAGAACCCAGCACUGUAGAAAUUGAAGCCCCUGCUGCUCCUGUCCAACGUCAACAAUCGCAACACAACGGAAUGCACGUGGAUGAACCCUAUCGUGAUCCAAUGAGUGCUGGACCGUCCUCUUCUAUCCAGAUGACACCUCAAAUGAUGGCAAAUGGGCAGCCGAAUAUGAUUAAUACAACGCCCCAGCUACAACACUAUUCCACACCAACCUCUCAACAACAAACCACUCCAGGUUCUGGUGGCAUUCCAUCUUGUGGACCUGUCUACAGCCAUAGCACUCCUGAGCAGCAACAACAAUUCAUGAGUCCUCAAAUGGCUGGAAUGCCAGCAUCGGUCUCUUCAGUUCAUUCUGUACACAAUAGCAACUCGAUGGAAAUGGUUGGUGGGCCUCCGUCUCUUCAACACACUCCACAGCAACAGUAUGAUAUGGGAAAUUCCAUGGGACAAGUGAGAUUUGUUGUCUAUAAACGUUUUUUUCUAACUUUUCAAUUUUUUCAGAUGCAGCCGGAAAAUGGAGUAAUGGUCAAUGGAAUGUCGCAGAAUAUGAAUUCCAAUAUGGAUCAGCAGAAUCAAAUGAUGAUGCAACAACAGCAACAACACGGAUUCAACAGCCCCACACGUCCUGCGGUGGUUCCUCAGCAACCACAACAACCUCCUCAACAGCAGCAACAACCUCAGCAGAUCCCUCAACAACCCCCCGUUCCUGUGCCUCCAGCACCCGCUGUCACCAACGGUAGACGUCGUUCAGAAUCUGGCGCCAAUGCUGCCGGAGCUCGCAAGUCACGUCAACGCUCAACGGCCGCCGCUGCUCCAACCGUUCCACCAGUGGUUCCUGCAGCACAGAUGCCAUACAAUCCGAUGCAGAUGAUGCAACAUAUGCCAGUACACGGAUACUUUCCUUAUGGAUACCACGCCUAUCCACAAAUGCCAGAGAACGGGUUUGGCUACGGGUACGCCAAUGCCUAUGGAUAUCCGCCGGUAUUCAAUCCGAUGCCCCAGAUGGAUCCAGCCGUUUACCAACAGAGAUGGCAACAAAUGGCUGCGUUCAAUCAAGGACAAGUGCCAGCAGAUCAGAAUGGUGCUGCAGCGGCAGCCGCAGCCGCAAACUAUCAGUUCCCUCCUAGUGCAGCAGGCCAAAUGCCAUACUUUCAAAACAAUACUCGUUGA